UGGAGUAAAUAGUCAUUUUCAUCCUGAAGUUGUAGGCGUUGGUCACUUGUCCUUUAGUUGAAAUACAUAAUAAUAACAUACCAAAAUAUAUCAUGAAAAUCCCAAAUCAAAGUUGCUAUUUCUAACAUAUAUGGGGCCAGGCCAGCAGACAAGUUUUUAUUACCUGGGUUUAAGCUGAAAUUUCAAAAUUAUGUUGGUGUCUCUCUCUUUAAUUCCAUCCCCAAGAGAAAACAUACCGCGAAUUGAAGCAAAGGCCGCGGGAAUGACUGAGAAUAGAGUCUCAAAUGGAGUAUCAUAAUCUGCUUCAUAUUGAAGAUAUCGACAUCGACAGGUUUACAUUGGUUGCCGAGGCCUAACACAACCCUCCUCCUUUGUACAAGAAUAGAUGCAAAGCGUUUGAUUGGAAGGAAAUUCUCUGAUGCUUCUGUUCAGAGUGACAUGAAGCUAUGGCCAUUCAAGGUCAUUCAUGGUCCUGGCGACAAGCCUAUGAUUGUUGUUAACUACAAGAACGAGGAGAAACAAUUCACUGCUGAGGAGAUUUCCUCCAUGGUCCUCUUGAAGAUGCGUAAGAUUGCUGAGGCUUACCUCGGUUCCACCGUGAAGAACGCCGUUGUCACUGUCCCAGCAUACUUCAAUGACUCUCAGCGCCAGGCCACCAAGGACGCCGGUGUCAUCGCCGGCCUUAACGUCAUUCGUAUCAUCAAUGAACCCACUGCUGCUGCCCUUGCCUAUGGCCUUGACAUGGGGCCCACCGGUGAUGAUGAGAAGAAUGUGUUGAUUUUUGACCUUGGUGGUGGUACUUUUGAUGUCACUCUUCUAAUCAUUGACUCCAGUGUCUUUGAUGUUAAGGCCACUUCCGGAGACACCCAUCUUGGAGGUGAAGAUUUUGAUAACAGGAUGGUGAACUAUUUUGUUGAGGAGUUCAAGAGAAAGCACAAUAAGGACAUUAGUGAGGACCCGAGGGCUUUAAGAAGGUUGAGGAAUGCAUGUGAAAAGGCAAAGAGGACUCUCUCAUCCACCGAGCAGACCACAAUUGCAAUUGACUCAUUGUAUGAAGGUGUUGACUUGUACACCGCAAUCACUCGUGACAGGUUUGAAGAACUCAACAUGGACCUCUUCAAGAAGUGCAUGGAGACUGUUGAGAAGUGUUUGAGAGACGCUGAGAUGGAGAAGAGUGACAUACAUGAUGUUGUUCUUGUUGGUGGGUCUACAAGGAUCCCCAAGGUGCAGUCAAUGUUGCAGGGUUUCUUCAACGGGAAGGAGCUCUGCAAGAGCAUCAACCCUGAUGUGGCUGUUGCUUAUGGUGCUUCUGUUCAGGCUGCUAAAUUGAGUGGUGAGAAGAAUAAUGAGAUUAAGGAUCUUGUGUUGUUGGAUGUCACUCCCCUUUCACUUGGUGUGGAAACUGUUGGUGGUGUCAUGACUGUACUCAUUCCAAGGAACUUUACGAUUCCGGCCAGGAAAGAGCAGAUUUUCUCAACCUACUCAGACAACCAGCCUGGUGUCUUGAUCAAGGUGUACGAGGGUGAGAAAACCAGAAGCACGGAAAACAACUUGUUGGGUAAAUUCGAGCUUUCUGGCAUUCCUCCUGCUCCAAGUGGUGUUCCUAAAAUCAAUGUUUGCUUUGAAAUUGAUAGCAAUGGUAUAUUGAAUGUCUCUGCUGAGGACAAGACUACAGGGAAGAAGAACAAGAUCACUAUCACCAAUGACAAGGGAAGGUUAUCCAAGGAGGAGAUUGAGAAGAUGGUGCAGGAAGCGGAGAAGUACAAUUCUACAAAAGAUGCUCCAUAUCUACGCUUGGAGGCACAAGUAGAACAUGAUACUUGCCAUCAGAUUACAGUACCAACCCCAAGUUUACAGUCAUUUCCCUCCGGAAACUUUCGAUAUUAUUUCAACUCUACAAAAGAGGCUUCUCAGAAACUUAAAGUGGCACUAAAAGAUGAUAAUUUCUAUGUAAUUGGAUUGCAUGGAAAGAGGGGCUCUGGUAAAACAACGUUACUGAAAGAUAAGAUAGAAGAGUAUGAAACGAUUUUUCAUAAAGUUAUAUUUCUCCCUGUGUCUGAGAAUCAAGACACGAAGAGCAUUCAAGAGGAAUUUGCAAAGACAUUGAACGUGUUUGAAAAACAUGACACUGAUGCUGUAAGAAUCAUGAAAAUAAUUUUGGCAUUAGAAAGGAAGGAUAGAACUACUCUGGUCAUCUUGGAUAAUUUUCCGUCUAAGUCUAAACUGCAAGAAUUAGGUAUUCCUUAUAAUAGCAAACAGUACAAGUUCCUUUUGACUGCACGUGACGAGACAGACUGCAUCUUCAUGGGAUGCGACCAUUCAAUUUCUCUGGAUCCCUUAUCUAAUGAUGAAGCUUUCACACUGCUACGAAAACUUUCUGGUGUUAACUCCCAAUCUGCUCUAUUUGAAGUGGCACAAGAAGUUGCUUUCAAAUGCAAUGGUUUACCUGGGUUUAUUGAAGAGGUGGCGACUUCCUUGAAAAAGAAGUCCUUAGAGAAGUGGGAAGAAUCAUUAGUUAGUCUAAGCCACUCAACCGCCCGCUACCAGAUUUUUAUCAGUUUUAGAGGAGGUGAUACUCGACAUGUUUUUACAAAGCACCUCCAUUAUGCUUUGUGCCAGGAGGGGUUCGCGACCUUCAAAGAUGAUGAGUCAUUGGAGGGUGGGGUCCCAAUCGAGAAACUUCUGGAUGACAUUGAAGAAUCAAGGUUUGCAAUUGUCAUUUUAUCUGAAAACUAUGCAGACUCUGAAUGGUGUCUUAAGGAACUCGUCAAGAUUCUUGAGUGUAAGGAUAAAGAGGGGAAGAACCAGCUAGUUUUGCCAAUCUUCUAUGAAGUGCCGCCCACAGAUGUAAGACAUGCACGAAACAGUUAUGCUGAUGCCAUGGCCAAACAUGAAAAGAAUGGAAAAGAUUCAUAUACACUUAAAACAUGGAAAAAGGCUUUGUAUGAUGUUUGUACGCUGACGGGAUAUGAAAAGCCUCACGAUUGGACCAGAGAUCAAUUUAUUGGAAAGAUCGUCAAAUUUGCCUGCGAUCACAGACAUCGCUUGCAUAUACAAAGCAUGUAUAUGAACUAGAAGCGAUUUCAGCUUCUCUUGCAGUGAGUGAAACACAAGACAGAACAGGUAACAAAUGGUUACCGGCUCAAAAAUGGAUUGUGGUUGUAAUUUGUUUUGGACACUUUUCUUUGGAUAGCUAGCAUUUAUCUUUAGAGGAAAGGAUACUCCAGAGAUUUUCACAAAGCAUCUCUAUAAUGUUUUGUGUAAGGAGGGAUUCCAGGCCUUCAAAGAUGAUCAAUCAUUGGAGGAUGGAGCCCCAAUUGAGGAACUUCUUGGAGCCAUUGAAGAAUCAAGUAAAAAUGUUGGCAGUCUCUUGGUGUUAUGUUAUGCCUCAAGUUCAGAUGCUGGAAAAUUUUGCUUGGAUCUGCCGACAUAAGGGUUUCGUCUCUCUGCAAAGUCUUGGACUUAUCACUUGAAUCUGCCCCGCAGAAGUUGCGCGCUUCAUCAGAGGAGAGAUCGAUCCACAAAUCCACGGUGGCUGAUGUCUCAAACUCAGUCUCAGUGAACCCUCUUUCCUUCACUACUUCUUCAGUGGCAGUGGUACCAUUAUUUAUAGUCCUGGCAAUCCAAUUCCAAGCACAGUUUUAUCAAACCCAUCUUCGCAGAUCAGUUUAGGGGUCAUAAUUCUGUGAAGCAUUUUAGUGGGGAAAAGGCGCUAUUUGGUUGGGUACACCAAAUGCAUUAACAUACUGGCAAAAUUAUGCAGCAUUUUGAAGGGGAAGAAGGUGCUAUUUUACUGGUGGCAGUAUGUAACAGAAGUUUUGGCUAACUCCUAGUCCCUGUGGUAGGAUGAACAAGGCCUUUAGGGACCUUUUCCUUCAGGCAAAAGGGUGGUUUCACUCUGAUCAAUAGCUGUUGUGGGGUGAAGCUGCAUGGAGCUUCUCUGCUCAUUGGAGUAGGACAUAUUGGAGGUUCUCUUUGAUGAUUUUUCUAACCACUGUGAGGCUCUUGAGCAUGUUGUCUGCUCAAACCAAAAGCCUUCCUUGAUAUAGUUAAUUAAGAUUUUAUUGUUCUAUAUCUAUCUUUCUUUUCCUGUUUUAUUUGUGUAGUAUUGUAAUUUGAUUAGACAAUUGUUAUCAUAUAUGUCAUCAUGAUAUCACUUCUCUAAUGGAGUUAUUAUUCCAAA